AUGUUCGAUACCGUCUGCAGUUACCCUCUACCGGCGGAUAUCUUCACCCAGGCCAUCCACCCUACAGAGCCAAUUGUUUCCGUCGGCCUUUCUUCUGGCCAUGUUGAGACUUUUAAAUUGCCUGCCGAGCAUGGCUCAGAUCCAGGGGAGCAUAAAAAUGGACUAGGACACAUCGACACCAUUUGGAAGACGAGGAGGCAUAAGGGGAGCUGCAGGAGCUUGGCCUUUGGCAUUGAUGGAGAGAUGCUCUACUCCGCCGGCACUGACGGCUGGGUGAAGGCUGCAAAGUCAGAGACCGGUCGGGUUGUGACUAAAUUUGCGGUUCCUAGGCCCAAAGAGAGCGCACUGCAUAUCUUCGAUCUUCGCGCCCCAUCCACUGAGGUCUCCGCCCGUCCGGAACAGACUCACUAUCCUCACGAUGAUUACAUAUCAUCCCUUACUCCAUUACCUCCAUCUGAAAUGAGCACCUCCGGCUUCAGCAAGCAGUGGAUAACUACUGGAGGUACCACAAUUGCGGUCACCGAUCUCCGGAGAGGUGUAAUGGUCCGAAGCGAAGAUCAGGGCGAGGAAUUGACCAGUUCUACAUACGUUACCGGCUUGAAAGCUGGAGGAACUAGCAAAGGAGAGAAGCUGGUUGUUGGAGGAGCCAGCGGAAUCGUCACUCUCUGGGAAAAGGGCGCUUGGGACGACCAAGACGAACGGAUCACUGUCGACAGGUCACCGCUCGGCGGCGAGAGCCUGGAGGUGCUCGCCAAUGUUCCAGAUGAGAUAAGCAAUGGUAAAGUCGUCGUUGCUGGGCUUGGUGACGGACGUCUGAAAUUUAUUCAGCUGGGCAGUAACAGCAUUAUAUCUGAAACCAGACACGAUGAGGUAGAAGGCGUUGCAGGCCUUGGAUUUGAUAUUGGCGGGAGAAUGGUUAGUAGCGGUGGGUCAAUAGUAAAGGUAUGGCAUGAGGCACCAGGGAAUGGAAGCGGGCAAGAUAACUGGGCAUCAUCGUCGAAACGACACUUUGAGGAUAGUGAUGAUGAUGAUGAUGAUGAAGCUGAUAGCGACCAAGAGGAUGCGCCUGAGAGCGACGAGGGCGAGAAGGAGGAUAAGAAGAGAAAGAAGCGGAAGAGAGGCAAGGGAAAAGACCGAACUGGUGGCCAGCAUGUGAUGGCCUUCAAGGAUCUUGACUGA